UCGCAGCGCAAAACACCCAGACCCACUUGCUCUAGCGCUUACCAUUGGCGCGUCACACAGCGAAUCGCCGCGAGAGCAUACUAUCCUGAAGGCCCAUCUGAACCCCACUUCGUUGCCCCAAAAUGCUCGCUAAGUUUGCGCUUAAGUCUUCCGCGCCACUUCGCGCGGCUACGUCCCGCAGCGUGCGCCCGGUGCGCGCGGUGCUGGUGGCGCCGAACGCGAGUGGCAAUGGCACCGCGACCCUGGUUAGCCAGGCGCCUGCGCAGGCGCUGAGCGCAGCGCCCGCGGACUACGUCGAUGCCCGCACGUGGCAAAUGGUGAACCUCACCAAGGCGACGCUACUGGAGCUGACGGGCAUUCCGCUGCAGAAAACCGUGGAGAACUACAACCUGACUAUCAGCUACGAGCCUGCCGCGGAUGAGCUGGUCGUCAUCGACUACGCCAAGGGUGUGCGCUUCCCCGCCGUGUUCGGCCCCGACAACAAGGUGCGCGUGGACAUCCAGCAGCCCGUGCCCACCGCCGUCAUCGGCCUGUCCUUUGAGGCGCUCAGCAACGUGCUGCGCGCCGACAGCGCGGCCGCGGAGCUCAUCAACGGCCGCGCGGCCAUGCUGGGUGUGUUCCUGGGCCUGUUCGGCGAGGUGACGCGCGACGAGAUCGUGGUCCGCCAGCUGUUCACCACCGACGGCGCCUACAACGCCAUGCUGGUGGGCGCGCUGGUGCUGGCGGCCUCGGUGGCGCCCGCCAUCCUGGGCCGCGUGCCGGUGCAGAACGUGUUCCCCGACGAGCACAACCCGCCCUCCACCGCCGGCGACCUGCCCAACGUGUGGAACUACAACGCGGAGCGGCUCAACGGCCGCGUGGCCAUGGUUGGCUUCCUGGGCCUGAUGGUGAGCGAGAUGCUGAGCGAGCGGCAGUGUGGCGUGGUCACCAAGCUGCUGUCCAACUGGAGCAACUGGAGCUGCUAAGCGGAGCUACACGCCUCCUGCAACGUGUGUGGUGGCAGGCUAAAGGCGGCUGGAGCUGAGAGAAGCGGUUGCGACAGACGUGCGGCGGCCGAUAGUAGCACGGCAGGGGCAAGCGGAGGAGGGUGCAGGAGCGGCGGGAGCAGCAGCCGGCAGCCGGUAACCGCGGUUGCGACAAUAUCCCGAGGUGCUGAAUUUAUGCGUGAGAGGGCAGGGUAGGGGAGCUGAGGGUCGCGUGAGCUUAUGCCUAAAGCAGGCCACCAGCCAUGCUGGCAGUGCGCUGGCGGCACGGACGCACAAAGGUACCAGGGAGCACAGCAACGGCACGCGAUGAUGAUGACAUCGAGGCGGGAAAGACCGCUGUGGCAUCCGAAAUUUGAGUUGCCUAGUGGUGCGACCGCCGCCCGCCUGCUGGUGGCCCAGUAGAGCUGAGGCACGGUAGUCUGAAUCCGCGUGUCCAAGGGAGGGGCUCCCGUGUAGGCUGUCCUGUCAGCAGGUGGUGUUUGGUGUUUUGCUUUUUUGCCAUGUGGUGUACGUAAAGCUUGUUUAUUGAGCGUAUUUCGUCGUUUUUGUUGGAUUGGUUCCAAUUCGAUGCCCAAUGUGUGAACUUUCUGGAUAGCAAACAGUGGCAACACGAACUUACAGAAGGGCAGACCGGUGGAGUGGAGGGAGUGGUGGUUGUGAAGUGGGGGUCGAUGAUUGAGGCAGGUGUUGCAGGAAUCAAUGACAGGGCUCUUUGCCUAGUCUGGUACGCCGUUGCAUGAGCACGGACUGCAUGAAGAAUACAACGUGAGCCAGAGAGAGUUGAGUUUGAGGGAGGAGGCCCAGACAUAGAGAGGCCAGGAGGACAAGACAAGCAUCUAGGCUGCAGUCGGCCUGAGCCAAGUGGCACCUUUGCUUUGUGGAGGGAGGAGUCCCAGCGUGCGGCGCUCCCAAAACUAUGUAAAACGUAUACCGC